AUGGGAUGUGAUGGUGGUGUUGUUGCUCGAAGGGAUGACCUUGUAAAAGACAAAAAAAAAGAAACUAAAAAAUAUAACACUGAGGAUAGGUAUCGUUAUUGUUCGUUAACACACAAACUAUUCAAGAAACGAGUUGUCUGUGAUGUUGUUGGGAGGUUAUACAAUAAAGAUGGAUUAUUAAAAGCUUUAAUUAACCACGAAAUGCCUGAAAAAUUAAGGUAUAUUCAUAAUAAAAAAGAUUUUAUUGAAUUAAAUAUCGAAUGGAGUAAUGGGAUGAUUGUCUGUCCAUUAAAAAAAGUAGAAUUCAGUCCAGGUCACCAAUUUGUAGCUCUAAAAUGUGGUUGUGUUAUCUCUAAAUUGGCUCUUGAUGAAAUUAAAUCAAUUAAUGGACACAAAUGCCCAUUAUGUGAAACAGAAGGAUUAGAAUUUAUUCUGUUAAACCCUCCUCUGGAAGAGAUGGAAAAACAAAUGGAACUUCAUUGUAAACUUUUUGAUCAAAAACAAAAUAAAACAAAGUCCAUUCAAAAGGAAGAAAAUAAAAUUGCAUUAGUAACUCAACCAAUUGCUAAUACAAUUGCUGAUCAAGCAAAAGUUAAUGUAAAUAACCAAGAUGAUGAUGAGAUUUAUAGAUCUAUCUUUACAUCAUCACAAAAUUAA